AUGCUUUACUAUUCUUCCUGGGAAAUCGGCUCAUACAACAACUUUCCAACCAUGCAAAACGCAGUAAUGGAAUCACCACGUUCCCAUCCUACCAAACUUCCCUCUGUCCAAGAGAUGUUACAGAGAAUCCAAGACUAUGACCUGGGCAACACUAGUCUGUUGAAUAUUUUACCACCAAUCCAACUGUAUUCACCGGCCUCCAUCAACCUGUCCCUUUCACAAUCAUCAUACUCAACCACCAGCACCACCACCGCCAACCUGACCCUUUCAAAGUUAUCCAAUUCUACUACUGCCACUCCACCAGCAGAGCACCUGGCAACUCCAAAACUAACCGAAGUCACUAGCAUGCCUAAGCCAAGAGCAGCCUUGCCAACGCCUACCCCCAGUCCGUUGUCCAAGAAGCCUAUCGUGGCUUCUGUCUCGCCUAAGCUCAGCAAGCCACAAAAGUAUACCAAGAAGUCUCUUCUUUCGUCUCCCCAGAAGGAAAAGACAAUUGUCAAGAGUACUGUGGCCAAGAGAAGAGGCAGAAAGAAGAAGCCAGAGGCUUACUGCCACCAGUGUGGCCUGACUUCUACUCCCGAAUGGAGAAGAGGCCCUUCGGGUUCCAGGUCGUUGUGUAACGCCUGUGGUCUUUUUUAUAUGAAGUUGCAACGCAAGUUCAGUGACGACCAAGCCAAGACUAUCUUUAUUUAUAAGAAGAAGACAGACACUGUGGUUGACAGGGUGCUUCCAAACACCAUUGAGUUGACCAGAAUGUGUACAACCGUCCAGCAGAGCAACUGGCAAUGA